AUGGCCGACCAGACCCCCGAUUCUUGGGAGGAUGAACUCUCCAGACAGACUGAGGGCGUCCGCCUGAACGCCAACGCACAAUCCCGUCCCCAGGCCCAGGCCCCUUCGUUCCACCCUGGUGUUGCUACUUUCCAGCCGGGAGCUGCUGCCUUUGUGCCUGGACAGAGCUUCCAGUCCUACGGUGGCUACCCCCAGUAUAGCCAGUACGGCCAGCAGGCUUACGGUGGAUACCCUGCCUAUGACCAGCAACAGCAGGCCUACGGUCAAUACGGCGCGUACGCUCAGCAACCCGGUGGUUACAACAACCAGAACUUCAACCAGCAGCAGCAGCAGUACGGUGGUUACCAGCAGCAGCAGCAGUUCUCCCAGCAGCCCCGCCAAGCAGCGCCGGCUGCUACCCAGCAGCCCAAGGCUGCUGCCCAGCCCGCCCCGAAGCCCGCCGCAACCAACGCCGCUCCCCCUAAGGCCAAGGUCCUGACCAUCGGUGGCGCCAGCAACUCCCCUGCCGCUCCCAAGACUAAGGUCCUUUCGAUCGGCACUCCCUCUCCCGCUCCUGCGUCAAGCACCCCUUCUUCGACCUCGGGUGCGGCCACACCUGGAGAUUCCAAGGGCGCUGCGGCUGUUGAGGCAGCCGCUAAGGUGACUGCCACCAAGGCUAUCGAGAAGACUGAGAAGAAGGCGGAUCAGAAGGCCGCCGCCAGUGGCAAGUCGUCUCCUGCACCCUCGGGUCGGUCCAGCCCUGGGAGAUCCAGCCCUGCCCGCGGCGAAGCUGCCAAGGCCGCCCGCAAUGCGGAUGCUGUCGCCAUGGAACAACAAGCUGAUGUGGAUGAGGCUACGUUGAAGGAAAUCUACGGUGAAAAGAAGGAGCACGUCAACAUUGUCUUCAUCGGUCACGUCGAUGCCGGAAAGUCGACCCUGGGAGGAUCUAUUCUCUACGUCACCGGUAUGGUGGAUGAGCGUACCCUGGACAAGUACAAGAGGGAUGCCAAGGAAGCCGGUCGAGAGACCUGGUACCUCUCUUGGGCCCUGGAUCUCACCAACGAAGAACGUGCCAAGGGUAAGACUGUUGAGGUCGGUCGUGCUCAUUUCCAGCUUCCCGUCACUGGAGCCGACGGCAGCACUAUCACUAGACACUUCUCCAUUUUGGAUGCUCCUGGUCACAAGUCCUACGUUCACCACAUGAUCGGUGGUGCUUCCCAGGCCGACGUUGGUGUCCUCGUCAUCUCCGCGCGUAAGGGUGAGUACGAAACCGGUUUCGAGAAGGGCGGUCAGACUCGUGAGCACGCCCUGCUUGCCAGAAACACGGGUGUGAAGACCCUGAUCGUGGCUGUCAACAAGAUGGACGACCCUACUGUUGAGUGGAGCAAGGCUCGUUUCGACGAGUGUACAGUCAAGGUCUCCAAGUUCCUGGAGAACCUCGGCUACAAGAAGAGCGAUCUCUUCUUCAUGCCCAUCUCCGCCCAGAGGACCACCGGUAUCAAGGACCGUGUGCCUACUGACGUUGCCCCCUGGUAUGGUGGCCCGUCCCUCUUGGAGUACCUCUCGAACAUGAAGGUGCCUGAGCGUAAGAUCAACGCGCCUUUCAUGAUGCCCAUCAGUGCGAAGUACCGUGACAUGGGUACCAUGUGCGAGGGUCGCAUCGAGUCUGGUGUGAUCAAGAAGAACGGCACCUGCAUCAUGAUGCCCAACCGCACGAAGGUUGAAAUUGCCGCUCUCUACGGUGAAACUGAGGACGAAAUUGCCACUGGUACUUGCGGUGACCAGGUCCGCAUGCGUCUCCGUGGUGUGGAAGAAGAGGACAUUCUUCCUGGAUUCGUGCUUUGCUCCCCCAAGCGUCCAGUGAACUGUGUCAAGGCUUUCGAGGCCAAGGUCAGAAUCCUCGAUCUCAAGAGCAUCCUUACUGCUGGUUACAACUGCGUUAUGCAUGUGCAUUCUGCAGUUGAGGAAGUCACUAUUUCGGCACUUCUGCACAAGUGUGAGCCCGGCACUGGACGCCGGAGCAAGCGCCCUCCUCCUUUCGCUAGCAAGGGUCAGACCAUCAUUGCUCGUAUCGAAGUGACGAGCUCGGCCGGUGCUGUUUGUGUGGAGCGUUUCGAAGACUACAACCAAAUGGGAAGAUUCACCCUGCGUGACCAGGGUCAAACCGUUGCCAUUGGUAUGAUUACCAAGCUGCUCUCUGAAGACAACUAG